UCCCAUCUGUCAGAAGCCCCAUAUGGUUUGCAGAAGGAACGCGAAGUGUGUGUGUGUGUCUGUUUGUAUGUGUGUGUUAAAGGGGGGUUGAAAAGAGAAGGAGAAAAGGAGGGGGAAUUGGGAAAAGACCCCAAAAAAAAAUCAUAGGAGAAGCAGAAGGGAAAAGAGAGAGAGAGAGAAGAGCAGAAGGAGGAAGGCAAGAAGGGGGGUUUAUAGAUUCCCAAUCUAGAAUUCCUUCUAGUCUCCAUCCAUUCCAACACGGUGCCUGUUCACUCUUCACCAUCUCUCGUUCCUCAUCAUUGAGAAAGAAGAGUGUACAGAGAAUACACAGGAAGACGGGAGGGAGGGGGGAAAGGGUUAACAGGGAAAGAGAUUUAAAAAAAAAAACAGAAGGAAAAAAAAAACAGAAGCGGUAAAUCUCGGAUAAGAAGAUCGGUCGCAGACGGGAAAGGAAAUAAAAGAAAACAAAAUUCAAAAUGAACGUGCCACUUCAACGGGUGAACCUGGCCAGUGUGGUUAUCCUGAUGCUGACACAAGUUCUUCUUGUUCAUUUCACGGAGAUCACCUCGCCAGCUGAUAAUUACACCGUGAGUCAAGGGGAUAACGCCACUCUCAGUUGUUUCAUUGAUGAAAAUGUCACUCGAGUGGCCUGGUUGAACCGUUCCAAUAUCUUGUAUACUGGGAAAGACAAAUGGUCCAUCGAUCGACGUGUCCAGCUGUUGACCAACACCAAAUCAGAGUUCAGUAUUAUCAUCACCAAGGUUGAUGUGGCAGAUGAAGGACUUUACACGUGCUCCUACCAGACCAACGAUAGACCUCACACUUCACAGGUCUAUCUCAUCGUACAGGUCCCAGCCCAAAUUGUCAACAUCUCCUCCAGCAUCAUCGUUAAUGAAGGAAGUAAUGUUAACCUCAUGUGUCUUGCGGUGGGGAAACCAGAGCCAACUGUCACCUGGAGACAGCUGAAAGAGGGCUUCUCCAGCGAAGGCGAACUCCUGGAAAUUACGGAGAUCAACCGCCAGCAAGCCGGGGAGUAUGAGUGCAUCACGUCCAAUGGAGUUUCCACCCCUGACGGCAAGAAAGUCCUGAUCACCGUCAACUAUCCUCCAUCGAUCACUGAUGUAAAGAAUGCCCAGUCCUCCGUGGGCAAAUCAGCAGUACUUCGCUGUGAAGCCUCAGCGGUGCCCCCGGCUGAGUUUGAGUGGUAUAAAGAAGACAAGCGCAGACUGUUUACUGGAAUGGAAGGUAUAAAGAUUCAAAACGAGAGGACAUGGUCUGUGCUUCUCUUUUCAAAUGUCACCUCAAGGCACUAUGGGAAUUACACCUGCCUGGCAUCCAAUAGGCUUGGCUCAUUUAAUACCAGCUUGCGACUACUCAAACCUGGUUUUGCUCUAAAUCAUGGAGUGACACACACACUAUCUCCUCUACUGCUUGGAUUUUUCUGUUCUACAUUUGUCUUCUUCCUACGCACAGUGUAAAAUAUAGAAAUCCUGAAAGAAUUGUCACGACUGGCAGAAAUGGAAAAAGAAACAAAACAAAAAAAACAAAAAAAAAAUAAUUACAAAAAAAAAAAUUUAAAGUACAAAAAUAUUUUUUUUUUUUUAGAAGGAAUCUGACACUGUGAGGGAACAAAUUAUGCAUUUUUUAGCCGCAUCAUUGACUCGCUGCGCCUUCUAAUGAGAGAAAAGGGAGAGGUGGAUUUAAUCAGACGAGAGACAUUCAGUGAUUGAGGAACAAUGAGGGAAAACUGACGGAGGAGAAAAGGAUGGAAGCUGGAGGAAAGAAAGAGAUACAUGAUGGGAUUAUAAAAAGGUGGAGAAUUAAAAAGCUGGUGUUGAUGAUGAGCCUCGGUGGUGUUUAUGAAAAUGCAAGGCUAUAACUCAUAAUUUUGUUAGCCCUUCUAGUGCUGAAAUAGUUUGCAAACCCCGUUCACACUCAAAGGGUUAAACGUUCCAUGUAGUUCCCUUCCAUACCUCAAACUCAUCCAUAAAGGGAUUUUCUACAAAACCCUUAAAAACACAAAUGUAAACAUUAUUGAGGCAGCUCCCGUUGCUCGAUGUUGUCUCUGCAUCACUUGUUAGUGUAAAUGUCAUCAACCAAAUUCUGCACCUCUCUCUCUUUCUCCAAACAAACAAAUUCUUCCAGUUUAGUAACUGUGGAUGCCGUAAAUGAUAUCGGAAUGUGAAUGAUGUCUGGAACGACUAUCUUCAAACCUUUUCUCUUUUGGUUAGAAGAUAAAUAACAUAAAAGUAUGUUUUCGGAUCAGUGAUCUCAAUACCAAAUGACCUGGUUCAUCAAGUUUUCUGGAAAGCUGGCUUGCAAUAAUGCCAACCUUUGCGAUACUUUAGUACUUGUGCUGCCCAUGACUAUAUCUCAUGUCCUUCUCAAAAAGACAACCUCCUGCAGUCCAGGAUCUAUCGGAACUUAAAGGGACUUAAACAUCAGGUUGUGUAAGCAUCACAUUUGGAGACCUGUAUCUGAGUGGAAAACAAAUGGUGAUCGCCAUCUCAAAUGUACUGAGACAUUUUACCACCAUAUCAAGGACAAAACGGGGUAUUAUAUCAUUGGGAACAUUUUAAGAAAACUGGGAUACUUAAGGGAUAGUGCACAGUCCUUAAAACUUGCCACAGUUUCAUAUGCCUGUCAAUUCAUUACCAGUGUCUGUGACAUUCUUGUGGGUAUUAUGCAGAACCCUGUUUCCCUUUUGUAGAUGAAUAAGAGGGGAAGCUUGGGACUUUGAGUAUUGUCUGACUGUUAGCUGUUUGUCUGCAUGGUCCUAUCACUGAUUGCAAGCCCUGGGCCGCCAUUUUACAUUGUAUUAUCUUGACAUGGAAAUCAACUCUGAUUAUGUGGGCUAUUAAGUUUGUGUUCUGGUGUGGAAAUGGAAGGGGUUUAACGUUGGUGAAAAUUAUCCAAACUUCUGUCAGCUAUAUAAUAUUACGGGGUCUAGAAAUGCCAUGACCCCCCAAAAAAACAAAAACAUUUCAUUCACCGUCCCUAAAAAAAUAAA